CAUGGUAACGACGCUCGGCCGAAGAUGGCGGCCGGGUGGAGUGGCUGGGCGCAUUACCCCGGUGCAGGCCCCGUCCCGAGCCGGUGGCGCUGGUACGGGUCCUUGUGGGUCCGGGGCGUCUUACUCCUGUUGGGCGGGUUCCCAGCUAGCGCCGCGUCCGUUCCGGUCGCCCUGAGCACUUCGCCUCCCUGCCGGCACCACGUUCCGACCGACUCUGAGGUUAUAAAUAAAGUUCAUCUUAAGGCAAAUCAUGUUGUAAAAAGAGAUGCUGAUGAGCAUUUAAGAAUCAAGACUGUGUAUGAUAAAAGUAUUGAUGAGUUGCUCCCUGAGAAAAGAAAUCUUGUAAAGAACAAACUUUUCCCACAAGCUAUUUCUUAUUUAGAGAAGACAUUUCAAGUUCGUAGACCUGCUGGCACUAUCUUACUUAGCAGACAAUGUGCAACAAACCAGUAUCUUAGGAAAGAAAAUGAUCCUCAUAGAUACUGUACUGGAGAAUGUGCAAUCCAUACAAAAUGUGGCCCAGUUAUCGUGCCCGAGGAGCAUCUCCAGCAAUGCAGGGUUUGCCGAGGAGGGAAGUGGCCCUGUGGGGCGGUGGGUGUGCUGGACCAAGAAGGCGUCCGGGAUGCAGACUUCGUUCUCUAUGUUGGUGCUCUGGCCACUGAGAGAUGCAGCCAUGAAAACAUUAUCUCUUAUGCAGCCUAUUGUCAGCAGGAAGCAAAAAUGGACAGGCCAAUAGCAGGAUAUGCUAACCUGUGUCCAAAUAUGAUCUCUACCCAGCCUCAGGAGUUUGUUGGGAUGCUGUCUACUGUGAAACACGAGAUUAUUCAUGCUCUGGGUUUCUCUGCUGGGCUGUUUGCAUUCUACCAUGAUCAAAAUGGAAACCCUCUAACAUCAAGAUUUGCAGAUGGGCUCCCACCUUUUAAUUACAGUCUUGGAUUGUAUCAGUGGAGUGAUAAAGUAGUUCGAAAAGUGGAGAGAUUAUGGAAUGUUCGAGAUAAUAAAGUAGUUCGCCACACUGUGUAUCUUCUAGUAACACCCCGUGUUGUUGAUGAAGCACGAAAACAUUUUAAUUGUCCAGUUCUGGAAGGAAUGGAACUUGAAAAUCAAGGUGGUAUGGGUACAGAACUCAACCAUUGGGAGAAGCGGUUAUUAGAGAAUGAAGCCAUGACUGGUUCUCAUACUCAGAAUCGAGUCCUCUCUCGAAUCACGCUGGCGCUAAUGGAAGACACUGGCUGGUACAAAGCGAAUUACAGCAUGGCUGAGAAGUUAGACUGGGGCCGAGGAAUGGGUUGUGACUUUGUCAAGAAGAGCUGUAAGUUCUGGAUUGAUCAGCAGAGACAAAAGAGACAGAUGCUCAGUCCUUACUGUGACACUCUCAGAAGUAACCCACUGCAGUUAACCUGCAGACAGGACCAGAGAGCAGUGGCUGUGUGUAAUCUACAGAAGUUUCCAAAACCAUUACCACCAGACUACCAGUAUUUUGAUGAACUCAGUGGAAUACCUACAGAAGAUUUGCCUUAUUAUGGUGGGUCAGUAGAAAUUGCUGACUAUUGCCCUUUCAGUCAGGAAUUCAGUUGGCAUUUUAGUGGUGAAUAUCAGCGCAGCUCCGAUUGUAGAAUACUAGAAAAUCAACCAGAAAUUUUAAAAAACUAUGGUGCUGAGAAGUACGGACCUCAUUCAGUGUGUCUAAUUCAGAAAUCAGCAUUUGUCAUGGAAAGGUGUGAGAGAAAGCUGAGCUACCCAGACUGGGGGAGUGGAUGCUACCAGGUUUCUUGUUCUCCCCAAGGUCUGAAGGUUUGGGUCCAAGACACUUCAUAUUUAUGUAGCCGGGCGGGGCAGGUCCUCCCAGUCCGUAUUCAGAUGAAUGGCUGGAUUCACGAUGGGAACCUGCUCUGCCCAUCAUGCUGGGACUUCUGUGAGCAGUGUCCGCCAGAAACAGACCCUCCAGCUGCCAACCUCACCAGAGCUCUUCCACUGGAUCUUUGUUCCCGUUCUUCUAGCCUGGUGGUUACCCUCUGGCUUCUUCUAGGCAAUCUGUUUCCCCUGCUGGCCGGAUUUCUCCUGUGUGUGUGGCAUUAGGAAUGGAAAAGUGAACUCUCAAGAUGUUCACUAUGUCAUGCUCCUGUGAACAGAACACAAAAUCUUAGUGAAUGCUGCUCUAUGCAGAUGGCACAAGUGGCAUUCCUGCCUUUGGCUUGGAACUGUUGACCACAGUCAGACCCUAAACCAAAGCUUCAGUCCUCAUCAGCCUCACAGCCACCAGAGUCUGAAGAGGAUAAGGAUUGCAAGUCACCAAGUCUUGGUGCUUAGCAUACAUAAUCUCCUGAAGUUUUCCUCUGAAAAUGGGAUCAUUGGAAUUCUCAGAGUGAUUGCAUACCUCAGCAUUUUCAUUAACCUAAGAAAUGGGAAAGUUCAUCUUCCCACACUGAAGUAACUUCACAACAACUAAAUUUUGCAAACUGUGGAUCCAACUCUCAAAGUAUAAGAUGUCCUUUGAUUUACAGGAAAUAAUUGAAUUGAGAUUUCUGCAUCACUAUUACAUCUACUUAAUUUAAUGGGUGAAUGUGGUACACUGAAAUCAUUGAUCUGAGUUGCUUGUUCUGAAGAAUUUUAAAUUAGAUCUUUUAAAUCUUAUGAUUUAACCAUGCUUGCCUUUUUUGCCAGCUAUGUGGCAGAUUACCACAGUGUUGUUAGUGUUGCCUGCAGCACAGACUGGUUUUCAUUAGAGAUCUACUUCUAUUAGCAUUCCCAUUAUUUUAACAGUAGAUUGAAAAAUGUGGAAACAGAGUAAAACACACUGCUCUGUAAAAACAAUGACAUCAUUCAAACAGAAAAGAAGACAAUUGUAUGUUUUUUUCAGAAAAUAAUUAUGACGACUAUAAUCUAACAAAAGCAGAACUAUCAGUGUGGAUCAAAAGAAAUUUUGAUAAUGAUAGGUAGGCAACUAUUUCCGGGUAGGCUAAGGAGAUGUUACAGAAGAAUUCCUAAUAUCUAAAAAUUAUCUUCUGGAAAAGAAGAAAAAUGUAAAUCAAAGCAAGUUGGCCCAAGCUGG